AUGGGUCUGUCGGGCAAUCUGAGUGCGGGCAGCUCAGUGCAGGAUCCGGAAUCUUUCAUUUUGCAAUGCACUUUUUUCGUUACAGCUGUCCCACCAAACAUUGCAGAUCUGAAGAAUUUAGAAGUGCUUAACUUUUUCAACAACCAGAUUGAGGAGCUGCCUACGCAGAUUAGCAGCCUUCAGAAGCUCAAACACCUGAACCUUGGCAUGAACAGGUUAAAUACCUUGCCUAGAGGAUUUGGAUCUUUACCAGCUCUGGAGGUUCUUGACUUGACUUAUAACAACUUAAAUGAAAAUUCCCUGUCUGGAAACUUCUUCUAUCUGACCACCCUGCGUGCACUCUAUCUAAGUGACAACGAUUUUGAAAUCCUGCCGCCAGAUAUUGGGAAGCUCACAAAGUUGCAGAUACUGAGCCUUAGGGACAAUGACCUGAUAUCACUGCCUAAAGAAAUUGGUGAACUCACUCAGCUUAAGGAACUUCAUAUCCAGGGAAACCGUCUUACUGUGCUGCCCCCAGAACUAGGUAAUUUGGAUUUGACUGGUCAAAAACAAGUCUUCAAAGCAGAGAAUAAUCCCUGGGUUACCCCUAUAGCAGAUCAGUUCCAGCUGGGAGUGUCUCAUGUUUUUGAAUAUAUUCGUUCAGAAACAUAUAAGUAUCUCUAUGGCAGACACAUGCAGGCAAACCCCGAACCUCCAAAGAAGAACAAUGAUAAGUCAAAGAAGAUCAGUCGUAAACCUCUGGCAGCAAAGAACAAAUAAGUCACUGGCAUGUGCCAGCAUUUUUAAGGCUUUUUUCUUCUUUUUUUUCCUGCAUGUGCCUAAAAUAUUUCUAAAUGUUUACUGAAGAAAUGCUGUUACUCAUUUUCUAAGAAAGCAAAGACUCUCUUCAAUCAACAGCAAUCUGCCAAAUGCACUGCUUUUAAGACCUUGCUUAAGGAAUACAAUAUUAUACAUUCGCUUAAUUACUACUAAAACCAUAUAACCAAUAAGCAUAUCACCGUCAGACACCAUUUUUAACUUUUAUAUUUAUAUGUAUAUGAAAAACAAUAUGAAAUAUUUUCUGUUCACAUAUAUCACAUGUCCUGUUAUGCUUUAUUAUGUUUUCCUGCACAAGUACAUAAAUUAGUUAUACGUCAUAUAAUAUUACAAGUGAUUUUAAUAAAGUCUUUAUUUGUA